AUGCAUCGAACCGACGACGAAAGACCCAGAGCAUUGGGCACAUAUCCAGAAGGAUUGGAGUUGCCAACGCAAAGUUGUCUGGGCCCUUCUUGCAGCAUUUCAUUCCUGGAAACGCUUCUCACACAGGAUCAAGACCAACAACAACAGACCAGACGAGAGCGAGCGAGAGAAGUGACAUCUGCGCCGGAAGGUGUGGAAAGAGUGUCGCGGACGGCAACUUCUCGAACCUUUGCCAGCCUGAGCAGUCUCGCGGACACCUGGCCUCAGCAACACCUAGGAGACUACCUGGUCGAAUGCUACAUGAACUUGUGCUACCCGCAAUAUCCCUUUGUCCACGGGCCAACCCUUCAAAAAUGCUACGAAUCCAUAUGGACAGCCAAGGAGCCUCAGAGCAACCUGUGGAUAGGAACUAUCAAUAUUGUGUAUAGCUCUGGCACACUUGAGACGCUCCAGGCCCUCGUUCUCACAAGCCUGUACCUGCAGAGUUCGGUCAAUCUUGAACAUUCAUGGAAUGUGAUCGGCAUGGCGGUCCGACAGGCGCAAAGCCUGGGCCUGAAUUUGAAGAAGACUUAUAAAUCUUCAUGGACGUUGCUGGCGCGGGAGACACGGAAGCGAGCAUGGUGGGCAUGCUACCUCCUCGACAGCGUGUCGGGGAUUAUGUUGGGACGUCCCCAAAUGAUUCCUGACGACCAUUCUACUUGGGUUGAAGUUCCAAGCGCUUCAGAUGAGGACCUGAGGAUGCACGGAGCAAAAUCAGUAUCUCCACAUUCCCCUGCAAGCUUGGUUGAUCUUGAGAGCUCGGAAUCCUGGAUCAAUGUAAAGCCUUCAGAAGUGGCUUUCUUCAUUGCCACCAUCAGGCUCUGUGGAUUGAUGUGCGAAGUCACCAAAGCAUAUGACCGCCCCUUUGACCAUUCGCGGGUGCUAGCCAUCGACGAGAAGUUGUGUGAGUGGAUUGCCAAAUUCGUUCCAAAUGGGAGUAGCGAGAAGAUUAAGUCCAGUACCAACGAGAAGUUCUGGAGACAAAGACAUGUCCUGAUAUCAAGGUUUUUGAAUCUCCGGAUCGUGCUUCACCGACCUUGUGUCUCACAGGAUGCAACAGCCGCUGUCAUCACCCCGUACAAUUCCAUUAACGGCAUGGUGGCAGCUCGACUGACCUCUAUACGCAUGGAGCUUUGCGUUAAUGCGGCAGCAGAGCUGAUUGAACAUAUCUCCAAGUUUUAUGCCCAAGGCCUGAACAGUGCCUUGUGGUACGACUCAAAUUACCUGUUCUCAGCCAGUAUAGUACUCCUUGCGCAGAUGCGGCACAAACCUCACAAAACCGAGCAUUACCGGCAUCUCAUCAGGCUGGCUGCGGAUGUGAUGCAGCGCAUGCAACAUUCGGGCAAGGCUCUGGCGGGAGAAUACCUCGCCAUGAUGGAGAAGCUGAAGCAGCAAGUCACUACUCAAGAACCUUCUUCACAAGCCCGCAAUAGCGGCCAGCACAGUGCACAGCUGGUCAACUCCGCGAAUCCGCCAGGCUUGGGGCUCCUUGAUGGCGGUACAGCCGAGGGAAAUGCUCCUGAGGCCGAAUCAGAGGCUGCGCUCGAGUCUAUGCAGUUCCACACUGAAGAUACUCGGAGAAUGACUGCCAACGAGCCAUUGGCGACAAUGGCACCGAAUGCCAUCGCCGGAAAGUCAGGUGCGGUGGCACAGAGCCGUGUUAUAACUGCGUUUCUGCAACAGCCAAAUGUGUAUACCCCUCCGAACCUCCUCGCCCACGAGGGCGUGCCCGAAAGGAGCCGCCCAAGAAGCAACCGUCAGUAUCGGGUCCUGCUGAACACUGGUCCCCCAGUCUCUUGCGAGGCACAGCCUGCCAUCCCCUCGGACACGGCCGCGCUGCUGGAGCGGAUUAUGCGCAUAGAACGUGAUGUUCAAGACCUGCGAACGAUUAAAUACACUAGCCUCUCACCCUCGAGUCUUUCCGACGAUCUUUCGACUUCCACCGAGACGGAAUUUGCCGAAGAAGAGACCAUUGAUUGUAUACACUCGGGCCAUCGUGCCUACAACUCAUUCGCCGUCCAGAUAGAGACAUUGAAGAAUGCCGCAUCACGAUCUACGCCUGCGACGGCCCGGAGAGAGGGCCUUGUUGGGACAGCAUCAAACACAAGCCCGUCCAUGUCUGGUCAAAGCCACCGCACACAAAGUGGUCGAAACAGCAUCAAGACAUUUAUAUCUUCGAGUACACGCCUGAAAUACCUCCUGAAGCUCUUUUUCGACGAGUAUCACUUCCUCUACCCCUGCAUUGAUGAAGAGAGCUUCGAGGUGCAGUUACAGUGUCUUUUCGAGCACUAUUCGCCGGAUCAAGACUGCUUAUUACUGUCCGACGGGGAUCCCGAAAUGUUGGUCUUUGCCGCCAUGACGUGCAAGGUUCUUGCCAUUGCUGAGCACAUCGAAGCCGAUGGUCACUCCUCGACUGACGCACAUCCACCUGAGAGGAUUGUUCGCGGCGAGGCGUGGAAUCGAGAGAGUAUAAGGCUCUUGGGUCUGUGCUCACGAACGGCGGACAAACUCAUGGAUACCGUGCGACUGUUCAUGCUCGAAACGCUCUAUAUGUUGAUGAAGGAGAAUUUCAGAAAGGCAUCCCAGGCGCUAUGCAGGGCCGUGGAACUGUCGUUCUCUAUGGGGCUGAAUGACGAGUCUACGUGGGCUAGUUGUUCUGGCGAAGAAGCUCGAUCUCGCCGCAUUCUAUGGUGGACGAUAUACUUUUUCGACCGAAGGAUGGCGUACAGGCUUGGAAGGCCAUAUAUGAUUCGAGAUUCCGAAGUCUCAGUUGCCGAUUUCACGGCCGACAUAAGAGCAAUCGAAAGCGCGCGUAUUCGUCUUCCAGUUGCUGGAACAGCAACAACGUCCCUUGACGGACAUUGGAUUCACUAUCUACAGUUCAAUGUCGGAUGGGGCCGUCUGUUCGCGAAAGCAUGGGAUUCCCUUUACAGUCUGGCCAGUCCCAGGGCUGGGAGUAUUGAAGAAAUCGAGAUCAUGGAGGCCUUGUUAUCAAAACUCAAGAGAACUCUACCGCCAGAGAUGAAAUGGAAGGAUCCCAUCGGCUCAAGCGGCACGGAAACUGAUGUUCCCGAUCGAAUGGUUCGCAUGAGGCUCGUGAUUUACACGGUGAGUAUCCAAUACCACUUUCCACCCCCAUUCAAUCAACUCUCUUUCUACCAAAACGGCGACUUCCUGUCCAAUAACCCGGCUAACAAGACCAAGAGGGCGAAUCUCUUACAGAUGUUGAUACGGAACAAUCUCCACAUACGAGGUUGCGAACAAGACUGCGAACUGGAUGCUUUCGGUAGCGAUCGGAGGUACACAAUACAAGUUUGUCACAAGCUUGCCGCGUCCACCGUGCAGGCAGUUGUGUCAUACGUACGAACGCGGCGCCGUGAACGUUCAUUUGGCACAUAUGCAACGAUGUGUAUCAUUGAAUCACUCUAUUACAUGCUGUCUCUGCCCUCGACCGAUGACAGUAUUGGGGCUUUUGAUUUUGAGGCAACGAAGACCUUGUCACUGAGCCAAGCAUGGGAAUGUUUAAAUGACCUGAGUCGUCGCCGACUGACGAUUGCAACGAAUGCAUUGAAGGUCUUGAAAGGAAUUAUCGAGAGUCGAUGCAGUUCUCAGCUCUCCUUACCGGAAGAGCCAUCCACGGCUUCUCUGAAUAUGCAGAAUCGUCGCUUGUCCAUUGAUCAGGCAUUCAUCAACGAUGAAACAUCGGAGCAUGGAGACCAGGAUCAGGUCACGGAAUUUCAUGGCAUCGACUUCGCAAUGGACCCUGACUUUAUGCUGCCGGUGCUGCCGGGCCCAGAAUUCGAUGGAGAAUCGCUGAUGGGGACUGACAUGGGAAUGUGGGAUACUGAGCACAUGAGAUAUACUUGA